AUGAGGGCUCGAUUGAGACGAACCUUAUGCUCGUAUAGCCCGUCUAUCCAUCCAUCCCAAUCACUGGCACGCCGUAUUCAGUUGCGGUCAUCUGUCCUUUCCAGCUUACUGAGGCUUUCCCUUACCAAGUCACUAGCAACGCCUGUCUUGACCAGGAGUCUUGCAACUUCGAGAUAUCUUAUAAGCCCAAGAAUACAGCCAACUAGUCUUAAGACUCUCGAAUAUCCAGCUAUUGCCGCCAAAAAGUCGUACACAACCCCCCCGGGCACCACUGACUCCAAUCCGAGUGGUAGCACCCCCCUUCAAGCCAAUUCACUUCACUUCGCUGUCAUAGUUGCAGCAGCCACCGUAGUAGUCGUCGCUGUAUCAGCUUGGCCUGCGGGGAGCUCCGACAACCUGCCACCGCCUGGAGAUAUCGAAGAAGAGAUCGUAACCAUGUCUUUUCAAGUGCCUCCUGGACGUCCGGGAAACCUGACCCCUGAACAAGAGGAAAAGCUUCGUAAACUAUGGGUCGCUGUCUUCCAGCUUACUGGCGUUGCCGACGAGGAGAGUUCUGGGGCCGAGAUUCUGUCGCCCAAGGAAGAGACAAGUCCGGCCGAUGCUGAUCAAAAGAAGAAGCGAGGAUUUGGCAUGUUCAAGAAGGGUAAAUCUGGUACUUCGACACCAACUGAGUCUGCCGACGAGGACAAGUAUAACGAAACAAAGCAGUUCCACGAGACACUUGCCAAGGAGACACCCGAGACUAUUCGCCACACUAUAUGGAGCAUGGUUAAACAUGAUCACCCUGACGCCCUGGUUCUACGUUUUCUCCGCGCACGAAAAUGGGAUGUUGAGAAGGCCCUUGUCAUGUUGGUCGCGACUAUGAACUGGAGACACAACGACAUGAAAGUUGAUGACGAUAUCAUGAAGAACGGCGACGCUUUUGCGGUUGAGGAUGAGAAGACCGACUCCACGACCAAGCAAGUUAGCGCCGACAUGAUGAAGCAACUUCGCAUGGGCAAGAGUUUUCUACAUGGCACCGACAAGCAAGGUCGGCCUAUCUGCGUUGUUCGAGUUCGCCUUCAUAAAGCUGGUCAAGAGUGUGAGGAGAGUUUGGAGAAGUACACUGUUUACAUCAUUGAGACAGCCCGUAUGACCCUUGAGCCUCCUGUAGAUACCGCUUGCAUCGUGUUCGACAUGACGGGCUUCUCAAUGGCCAAUAUGGAUUAUACCCCUGUUAAGUUCAUGAUCAAGUGUUUCGAGGCCAACUAUCCAGAGUCUCUCGGUGCCGUUCUGGUACACAAGGCUCCUUGGCUAUUCCAAGGUAUUUGGAAGGUCAUUCGUGGCUGGCUCGACCCCGUUGUGGCGGCCAAGGUGCACUUCACCAACAACCGAUCCGAGCUUGAAGACUUCAUUGCACCUAACCACUUGAUCAAGGAACUUGAGGGUGACGAGAAUUGGGAGUACAAAUAUGUGGAGCCCAACCCUGGCGAGAACGAGAAGAUGAAAGACACGCAAACACGGGACCGCCUCCUUGUCGAGCGUGAAAAGUUGGUCAAGAAGUUUGAACAAGCGACUCAGGAAUGGAUUCGUCACCCCGAAGGCGAGCAAGGCAAGCAGAUCAAGUCUGAGCGUGAGAAGAUUGCCAAAGCAUUAAAAGAGGACUACUGGCAUCUUGACCCGUACAUCCGAGCGCGAACGCUGUACGACAGACAGGGAGCGAUCCAGAGCGGUGGCAAAACCGACUGGUACUCACUCAAGCCUCCAACUGUUGCGGCUAGCACUUCUGCCGAUGAUUUAGAUUAG